CAAGGAAAUGAAACUAACCCUGUCACGCAGCCAUGGCCGCAGACAGCCCUGUACUAAGUCUCCAGGAUGAACUCUCUUGUUCCAUCUGCCUGGAGUAUUUCAAAGAGCCGGUGUCUAUCCACUGUGGGCACAACUACUGCCGAGCCUGCAUCAGUCAGUGCUGGGGGGACACAGAUACAAACUUCUCCUGCCCGCAGUGCAGAGAAACGGCCCAGCAGAAGCUUUUCAGGCCCAACAGGGAGCUGGGGAAAGUUGUGGAAAUAGCCAGGCAGCUGAGUUUCCAGGUCACAGUAACCGCAGGAGGGGAGCAAGGGUGUGAGACACACCGGGAGGCCCUGAAACUCUUCUGUGACACGGAUCACCAACUGAUUUGUGUGAUCUGCAGAGAGUCGCAAGUUCACAGAGCUCACACUGUUUUCCCAGUAGAGGAGGCCGCCCAGCAGUACAAGAAACAAAUCCAGACCCGGCUGCAGACUCUGAAGGAAGAGAGAGAAAAGCUCCUGCGGUUGAAAGUGUCAGCAGAAGGGAGAAGCCGGGAGUAUCUGGAGAAGACAGACGCCCAGAGGCAGAAGGUUGUGUCUGAAUUUGAGCGGCUGCGCCAGUUCCUGGAGGAACAAGAGCGACUCCUGCUGGCCCGGCUGGCAGAGCUAGAGAAGGGGAUGACAAAGAUGCGGGAUGAAAAUGUCACCAAGCUUUGCGAGGAGAUUUCCCGUCUCAGCGAGCUGAUCCGUGAGAUGGAGGAGAAGUGCUGUCAGCCAGCAAGUGAAUUCCUGCAGGAUGUCAGAAGCACCCUGAGCAGAUACCCUGCCCUCCGAACUGGAGAGAGAAUGGGUGAAUGUGACUCUGGAUCCAGACACGGCUCAUCCCGAACUCGUCCUGUCUGAGGAUCGGAAAGGCGUGAGGCGGGGACACACGCGGCAGCAUCUUCCCAACAAUCCGGAGAGAUUUGACGCUGAGCUCUGUGUGCUGG